CAAAUGCGUUCUCCACUAACUUGUAAUAGGCAAUAAAAAACAAAGUCAUUUUGUUUUUCUUUAGCUCACGAAACAUCUAGCGCUGUUCUGCUGCCACAAUGAAAAAUCCUCACGUCCUCGUAGCAUCAUUUCCCGCUCAAGGCCACAUAAACCCAUCUCUCCAAUUCGCCCAACGCCUAGCUACAAUGGGUCUCAAAGUCACCUUCGCCACUACCAUUGGUGCUGACCGCCGCAUGGCCAAAACCGGAAUUCCUGACAACUUGUCUUUUGCUGCCCUCUCUGAUGGAAACGACGACGGUUUCAAACCCAUCGUAAACAUUGGAAACUACAUGACGCAUGAUCUCAGACUUCAUGGAUCACAAACUCUACGUCGUCUAAUACAGCAAGCUUCUAAUGAUGGCCACCCAUUUACUUUUGUAGUAUACUCUAUUCUCAUUCCAUGGGUAGCUAAGGUGGCGCGUGAAUUUCACCUCCCAUCGGCACUUCUCUGGAGUCAACCUGCCACGGUUUUCAGUAUCUACUACCAUUAUUUCAAUGGCUAUGGUGAAAUAAUAGAGAAAACAAUUAAUAGUGCUACACUUUUGCUCAAUUUACCAAAUUUGCCAGUGCUUAGUGUCUAUGACCUACCUUCCUUUUUCAGCCCAGCAAAAUCGAACGAAUAUGCGUUUGUGCUUCCAGUGGUAAAAGAGCAUCUAGAAAUCCUUGAUGAAGAAAUUAAACACAAUCCAAAAUCAGCAAUUCUCGUUAACACAUUCGAUGCAUUAGAAGUUGAGGUUUUAAAAUCAAUUGAUAAGUAUAAAUUGGUUGGUGUUGGUCCUCUACUGCGAUCUGGUUCAUUUGGCGGCAGUCUGUUUCAAGAAUCAAACGGUUAUAUUGAAUGGCUUAACUCGAAGCCUCAACGUUCAGUUAUCUAUAUAUCUUUUGGAAGCAUUAGUGUCAUGUCAGAGCAACAAAUUGAGGAAAUGGCAAUAGCUCUUGAAAAAAUUGGGUCUCCAUUCUUAUGGGUUAUAAGAGAGAAUGCCAUUGUUAAAGAAAAGUUGAAUAAAGGAGGACUGACAGUGCCUUGGUGUAAUCAAGUGGAGGUUUUGUCUAACCCAGCAAUAGGUUGUUUUAUUACACAUUGUGGCUGGAACUCAACAUUUGAGAGCUUAACUUGUGGAGUGCCAAUGGUGGGUUUUCCACAAUGGACUGAUCAAAUGACAAAUGCUAAAUUGGUCCAAGAUUUGUGGAAGGUAGGUGUUAGGGUGGUGGUCAACGAAGAAGGGAUUGUUGAAGCUAAGGAAAUUAGGAGGUGUUUGGAAUUGGUUAUGGGAGAUGGAGAUGGAGGGAAAGAAAUGAGAAAAAGUGCUAAAAAAUGGAAGGAUUUAGCAAGAGAAGCUAUUAAUGAAGGUGGUUCAACGGACAAGAACGUCAAAGCUUUUGUGGAUGUAAUAACCUCUGUGGAUGAGGUUGAAGAAGGUUGUUAGAAUAGUUAUAUAUGUUGGGGACUAGAUUGAAGAAAGGUUUGCUAAGGUAUUAUUAUGGUCUUGAAUGUGACAAUAUUUCCUUUUCCUUUUCCUUUUCCUUUUUUUAAAAAAUUUUUGUUCAAGUAAUUGUCAAAGUUGUUUGUGUAACUAGCUCUUUAGGAAAUUAUUAAAUAAAGUCCCUAAUUAUUGUCUAUUA